AUGACGCUCGCAAACAAGGGCGUAGAGCCAACUCACCGUGACAGCUUCUCCGACCUUGCAAGCAUGAUGAGGGCUAAGAAGGUGUAUACACCGAUUUCGACGCCUGCGCCACCUCCGCAGCCGCUCACUGUCGCGCCCAAUGGCCCUCGUUUCGCCAGUCGUGUCCAGUCUGGCUCCAGCAUUUUUUCUCCGCUGGCAAGGUCGUUUCAGCCUACCGAAUCCGUCGCUGCAUUCCUCCAGGAACAAGAGCUCGCGGCACCACCACUUGUCGCCUCCGAGCCGAUCUUGGACGACGACGAUAGCGAAUGCGAUCAUCAUCGUCGUAGGCGUUCACCAUCACCACUGUGCAAGCAGCCGCUCCUCAUCUCAGGCCUUGAGCUACCGGCAGGUGUAGGACCCACCCAUCCACCCACCCCCACUGAAUCGCUCCAGUACUCACCAUCAGGCUUCCGAUUCGAUCAAGAAGCCGUUGUACGGGUGACCAAGCAGAACUGGGAGUCCUUGGGCAAAGAGCUCAACACGAUCAAGAAGCAGAAGCUGGAGCUAGAGAGUCAACUUUCGACCCUCGAAACAAACAACGCAGUCCUUCGAGACGUUGAUCACGACAUCAGCGUGCGGCUCGGCAAACUCAAAUACCAGAACGAAGCUAACAAAGCUCAGAAGGCAGCAAUGGGUCGAUCUUUGUCUGAGAAAGAGAUCAAGAUCAAGACACAACAGCUUGAGAUUGACGAGUUAAAAGGACAUAUUAAGACGACAGAGAACGCUCUUUCCGCAAAAGACCACGAGCUGGAAAACCUCAGGCAGAAGAUGAAAGAGAGUGAACGUACCAUCGACCGGGUGACUCGCGAACGGGACGAGGCAUCCCGCGCUUGGACGAACUCCGUUGAUCACCUCAACCGAGCCCGCAACCUAGCCGACACCCUGGCUCAGCGAGAGAAGCUCAUAACCGAUCUACGCCACCAGAUCGUGGCUGAACAGCUCAAGGUCGCUGGGUUAGAAGAUGAUCUUGAGGCCGCCCAGGAGAAGAGCAAUCAAGCUGAUAUCGAUGAUGUCAAGAGCAAGCUUAUGGAGAAGACCAGUACUUGCGAUCGCCAGCGCAACCAGCUCAAAAUGAUUGAGGCGCAACUCAGCCAGAGCCAGAGCCGUUUGAUGAAAAUCACUAACCAUGGCGAGUCUCUCUGUGGCGCUGCACACGUAGUCAAACCUUCUGGGACCAGCAAACUUCCCAAGUUAGUGAUCUCGUGCGUUGAGUGUUACAACAAGAAUCUGCCGUGCGACAACGGUGCCAGGUGCCGCAACUGCGUCGAGAACAACACUCAGUGCGCACGCUGGAGGUGCUCUCUGAAGCACAAGUACGGCGAAUGCCCUCUCACACCCUGCCCUCUUUCACACGAUUCCCAAGGCUGGCUCGUCCUGCGAACAGAGCGUCCCGAGUGGUAA